AGGGCAUAUCUGGGGCCCGGAGGCCCAGGCUUGGGGAAGGGGCUCCAGUCACGGUGUUGCCCACGGGCCACAGCCUACCCGCACCGCGCCGCUCUCUUUAACUCAGUUACUGCCAGUGAUAGUGACCCAGUCAGUGUGUGUGGACGCGGCCUGCCUUCUGUCCCAGGCCCCUUGUGACCAAGGGCUUACCCUUGAAAGAAGGCAGUAGGGAGGCUGGGACGGAGCCAGAGGUCAGACGCCUAGGCUCAGGUCGGGGCUGGGGACUCAGAGGGCAGGGUCAGGGCUCAAGCUCGAUUGCCUGUGGGCUGGGGGUCCCCACCAAUUCUGGAAUGAGCCCAAACUGAGACGCAGGGGACCUGAGUUCUAGGCCUGGCUCUGCCGUGGCUUGCUGACCUUGGAGAAUUGGAGAAGCUUGUGCCCUGCUGGAAAGUGGGAUGGCAGUACCCGCUUCAUCUAGUAGUCGGGGAGAUCAAGAGAGGUAUGGGACCUGAAGAGGAUGGCAGACUGUGCAGUGCGGUGCACACCGGUCUCCAGGUUGUUUUCACCCUCCUGUCUCCUCCUAGGAGCUAACGUAUGAAGCUGAGGCUCGGCCAGGGACUGUGAUAUACCCACAUCCCCGGAACUAGGUGAUCGCGGUGCAGGAACCAGGUGUGCCUUCGCGGGAUCCAUGCCUUGAGGCCCAGGAACGCCCCGCCGACAGCAUGCCGUGGGACGCGCGGCGGCCUGGGGGUGGCGCGGACGGCGGGCCCGAGGGCUCGGGCGCGGCGCGCUCGCGAGCGCAGAAGCAGUGCCGCAAGUCGUCGUUCGCCUUCUACCAGGCGGUGCGCGACCUGCUACCCGUGUGGCUGCUGGAGGAUAUGCGCGCCAGCGAGGCCUUCCACUGGGACGAGCGCGGGCGCGCCGCCGCCUACUCGCCCUCUGAGGCGCUGCUCUACGCGCUCGUGCACGACCACCAAGCGUACGCUCAUUACCUGCUGGCCACGUUCCCGCGGCGCGCGCUCGCACCGCCCAGUGCCGGCUUCCGCUGCUGCGCGGCUCCCGGGCCGCACGUGGCGCUGGCAGUGCGCUACAACCGCGUGGGCAUUCUGCGCCGCAUCCUGCGCACCUUGCGCGACUUCCCGGCCGAGGAGCGGGCGCGCGUGCUGGACCGGCGUGGCUGCAGCCGCGUGGAGGGCGGUGGCACGUCGCUGCACGUGGCGUGUGAGCUGGCGCGCCCCGAGUGCCUCUUCCUGCUGCUGGGCCACGGCGCCUCGCCCGGUCUGCGCGACGGCGGCGGCCUCACGCCUCUCGAGCUGCUGCUGCGCCAGCUGGGCCGCGACGCCGGGGCCACUCCCUCCGCCGCCGGAGACCCCGCCUCAGCUCCAGGGGAGCCGCGCCAGCGCCGCCUGCUGCUGCUGGACCUCCUGGCGCUGUACACCCCGGUGGGUGCCGCCGGCUCGGCCCGCCAGGAGCUGCUGGGCGACCGGCCGCGCUGGCAGCGGCUGCUGGGUGAGGACAAGUUCCAGUGGCUGGCGGGCCUGGCGCCGCCCUCGCUCUUCGCGCGCGCUAUGCAGGUGCUGGUCACCGCCAUCUCUCCAGGCCGCUUCCCCGAGGCCCUGGACGAGCUGCCGCUGCCCCCAUUCCUGCAGCCGUUGGACCUCACUGGCAAAGGCUAGGCCCGGAGCACCCUAGGCGCUGGAUUUUGGGACAAAACUAUUUUUCAGAGCGUUGUACCGGCACUUUAUAUAUAUUGAUCUCUGUACGGCACAA